UUGUUUGACUCGCCUGCGGCUAGAAUUUGGACAGUGAGCCGCUACUGGAGGCAAUGUGGAUACAGUAUUCAGGUUUUCAUUUUAUAAAUAAGUGCGUCAAUAGCCUACUUACCUAAACUGACGGAAAUAUAGAUAGAGGCUUGUCUUUUUCUCUUCUUUCUUUUCCCGGUUCUGUGAGUGCUGUUCCUCGAGCACUUUACAUGCGGACUGUCAUUCAGAAAUACUACAGCCUCACGUGUUUGACCUUAGUCUAUCUAUUUUAGAUAUUUUUUUACUACGUUUACUCCCAUAUUUUUCGCUCGCGUCGUUGCAGCCUACUUUGUACACUUUGACAAAGUCGACUUCAUUCACUACAAGUUGGCGUUUCGGCAGACAGACGUAUGUAAAUUAUUGUUGGUUUGAAUCACGGAUUAAGUUAUCGCAAUCAUAAAACCAUUGGAGAGGAGGUGAAGGACUCUUUUCUGGAGAAAGGCAUGGUAUACGUGCAGGUCAUCAGAGGGUAACAGACUGUGGAGAUCUCAUCACGUUUUUACAAGGCUGAGAAUUCGUCUUUCUGAAAAUAAACCCAAAUGGAGCUUCUCUGGGUCUUACUGUUGCUGAAGGUGGUCCUGAUGUCUGCUGCUGCCAGGGGUCCACCCAGGGUGUCAGAGCGGGUGGCCCACCGGCAAAGCAUCCGUCUGGGUCGCACCAUGAAGCUGCCCUGCCCCGUGGAGGGUGACCCCCCACCGCUCAUCAUGUGGACCAAAGAUGGUCGCAACAUCCACAGUGGCUGGACGCGGUUCAGGGUCUUACAGCACGCUCUGCGUAUCAAAGAGGUGGAGACUGAAGAUGCAGGGACUUACAUCUGUAAGGCUACCAAUGGGUUUGGCAGCGUGAACAUCAACUACACACUCAUCGUUAUAGAUGACUCCAGUUCAAGAGGUGGAGCAGGGACGGCCAAUGGUGACUCUGAACACGCCCCAGAGCUGGCCGGGAAACUGGUACGUCCACGUUUCACCCAGCCGUCAAAGAUGAGGAAGCGCGUCAUCGCUCGCCCAGUGGGCAGCUCAGUGCGUCUGAAGUGUACAGCGAGCGGUAAUCCUCGCCCCGACAUCGUCUGGCUCAAGGACAGUCGGCCGCUGGUGGACGAGGACGCUGAAGGAGAAGGGGAAGGAAAGAAGAAGAAGUGGACUCUGAGUCUGAAGAACCUGAUGCCGAAGCACAGCGGGAAGUACACCUGCCACGUGUCCAACAGAGCAGGAGAGAUCAACGCCACCUACAAAGUGGAAGUCAUACAGCGUACCAACUCUAAACCAAUUCUGACUGGCACUCACCCUGUCAACACCACCGUGGACUACGGAGGAACCACAUCUUUCCAGUGUAAAGUCCGCAGUGAUGUCAAGCCGGUUAUUCAGUGGCUUAAAAGAGUCGAACCUGGUGAUGAGAACAAAUUUAACUCCACCAUAGAGGUUGGAGACCACCGCUUUGUGGUCCUGCCUACAGGGGAGGUUUGGUCGCGUCCUGACGGAUCCUACCUUAACAAGCUGCUGAUAACCAGAGCCAAGGAGGAGGAUUCCGGCAUGUACAUCUGCCUAGGAGCCAAUACUAUGGGCUACAGCUUCAGGAGUGCCUACUUGACUGUGCUACCAGAUCUGAAGCCCCAAAACAACGUUGUCCUCACAGCAACAUCCCCGAGCCUCCCCUGGCCCGUCAUUAUUGGAAUACCAGCAGGGGUCGCCUUCAUCUUAGGCACCGCCCUCCUCUGGUUCUGCCAAUCAAAACGAACCUGCUCCUCUUCAUCUUCCUCUGCUCUUCCUUCUGCCCAGCGUCCACCUGCAGCCAGUCGUGACCGUGCAUGCCCAGCGCUGCCUCCUCAGACGGCCAACGGGGAUAAAGAUUGUCUUUCAUAUGAAGACUACGUUGCCCAUCAGCAGCUGCUCCUGACUCAGGGAGGCAGUGGAUUGGCUCCCAAGGUCUACCCGAAGAUCUACACGGAUAUACACACACACACGCAUUCACACGUGGACGGGAAAGUGCACCAGCACCAGCACAUUCACUACCAGUGUUAGCACGCUUUGGUGUUUCACAUUCAAUUCUUACAUGAACAUGUCCCUGUGCAUGCAGACUUAUUCACAACAGUCCAUACUAGCUGCUGACAUACACUGCAAUGAACAAGGAAAGCCACACGCAAGACACCAUGCGGAUUCAUAUUCAGAAACAUGGAGUCACGCAACUCUUCCUCAUUCUGCUGCAGCCACGUUAUUGUGUAAACACAGACUUAUUCAAGACACAAACAAUGAAGAAUGUAAAGAAAGAAGACAAAUAUCCGUAUUUUUAGCCAACCCAGUGAAAUAUAUGAGAGAAAAAUCCCAAAACAUGUUUUAUUCAAAGCUCUUUUUAUAUACAAAUCUUUUUUUUUUUUUGCUCAAAGGCUUUAUUGAAGCAACAAUACACUCUGUAGUUUCAAGAUAACUUUAUCUGUUCUUUAACUUUGAACACAACCACAACCUCCUCAGUAACAGUAGAACUACAGCUCACCUACAACUACACAUGUAUAUAGUGAAAUAUGAUUAUAUAGCAUUUAGCACGCUACUUCGUCCUGGGUGAUCUAUAAAGAACAAUUUAGCAUGUACUGUAUGUAAUGUAAUAGCUUAAUUUCAGAGUAUAUCUCAGGCAUCAGCCCAACUGAGCCAUUAGAAACACAAACUAAGGCAAACUCCCACUGUAUCAAUACCCUCUUCAAGGAUGAGGGCUGCUGGGCCGCCAACCGUUCUGAGAAAGGUCCAGCUGCUAUCUGGGUACUGUGUGAAAAAGAGCGGAUGUCAACUGGGUAUGCAUGGAUUUCUCUUUGUAGAAUGUUUUUAGCAGAUGCUACAGUGUGAUUUCUGCACCAAGGAGCUCCUCCAGACCACAGUUGUAGAAGCAAUCAUUAGAUCUGUCCCAAGUACACUCUACUGACCAUUUCUGCCCCUUAAGUUCCUGGAGAAAGUUGGCAUUUCCUGUUUCGCAUUGUCUCCUUUUCAGCUUUGUUUGAUGCUCGCUGACUUUAGAAGAGAGGGAUGAAGGAUAUCAGUUCUUCUCAUGUCAUACAUUCACCUCUUAAACCGACAGAGCAAAGGGAUUAUCAACAGUGCCUCAGUGUAAAAUAGUGCCUUAUGAGAAUUGUUUCCAGAUUUGGUGGAUCACUGUUGGAUCAUUGGAUAUGUCACAGACUUCUGUUAAUCUGUUAUGAGAUUUAGAGGGCUUAAAAGAGAGGAACUUCAACUCUCCAACUUAAAGUCCUCAACUCUUCUUCUCAAAGCACCUCACAAUAUGACCUCAAGUAUAAUGGAACGGGCUUUGCAUGUGCUCUGUUCUCCACACAUGGUUUGCCACAAAGCAGAGGGAGUCAUCUGUUGUCUCUUGUUUUUAUCUGAAGAGGAAAUGUUUUGGAUAAAGGGCUGCCUUUUCACCUGCAUUUUAGAUGCUAAAAAGGUCAAAUAAUGGAAUGCAGCUUUAAACUAAAACAGAUACCAGUAUCACAAAAAUGUAGAGCCAUAUAUGCUCCAGAACGUUAUGCUGAUUACUACAGCAGUACAUAAACUGCUCUCAGUGCUGUACAAUGGCAAUUUAUUAUAAUAAGUCCUUGAUACAUUCAAAGAUAUGUCUGGGAUAUUUGAUUUUGUCUUUCGAUUCACUCGGCUGCAGAUUAUUGAAAACGUCUCUUAAGGUGGUCAAUAAUUUUAGUACCACUAAAAUUAUUGACCACCUUAAGAGAUGUUUUCAAUAAUGACAUCUACAAAUGUGUUUUAAAUGCAUUUACUCUGGUGGGUUUUAAGUAUUUCAUGUUAUUUAAUUACAAUUCAGUCUCAUGUUAAUGCCAUUUGAAAGCCCCCACACACCAAUAAUACACCUCCACACGUUUUCAUUCCUGUUGGCUUUUUUCUUGUGUGUUUUAGAGACAUACUGAUUCCCACCUUCUCUUGUUACUUGGUUUGUUCAUGUAUUUGAAUGACUGUUAGUUGUUCUUUUACUCUCAUUGUAUCACUGUAUUUCUGCUUUCACUGCUCCUGGUAGGUGACCCAAACUUCAUUAGAAACCAGUCCCAACAAACCUCGUCGGUACACAGCCAGUUACAACAGACUUUCUUUCGCUCUCUCAGGUCUCCAUCUUGUUGUUCUUGUGUGUGCUCAUAAAUCUGACCACUAUAUUAAAACUGUGUAAAAUAAUAUGGUAAGAUAAGAUUUAAAUUUCAGCUGCUUUACAUUACAGCACUCUCUGAUCUGAAAUAUAUAUAUAUUUGAAAUAUAAAAACAAACAAAAAUUAAGCUUGUCAUGUAGUUGAUUGCACAAGUGAGUUUCUCUCUGCAGACCUUCUUCAGGACAAAAUACCACAAUGAGACGGGAAGUGAUGUAUUGAAAUUAACUUUAGUUACACGUGGACGUUCUUAAGCAUGAAUUUUUGCACAUAAAUCUUUAAACUAGUAGGAAAAUGAACAAAUAUACACAUGGAAAAUUCUUAUAUGCCCAUUUUUUAUAAUACUCAUCGGUAUAGUAUGUUAUCAUUGUCCUGAAAAGCUUUGAAAUUAAGUCCUGUUCAGGCCUCUAGUUUCUUUCUUUGCUUUAAUUUGGUUUCAAACCUGUGAAGUUCUUUGUAUUAUUUCACUUUUUGAAUGACAAGACUUUUAAGAAGGUGUAGGCUAUAAAACAUUCAGGCUUCAGAUAUACAGUAUCAUUCUUGUUCAUCGUUCCAGCAUAGUGCCCUCUCUCCUUACCUGUAUAACAACUAAAUUACAUAUAACAUUAACAUUAUUAAAUGUUAAAGUACAUCAGAACAGCAAGAAUAAGCAUAUAUCAAAAAUGAUUUUCCUCACUAACACCUUUAACUGAAGAUAGGUCUUCUUCCGUUGUAAUAUUCUUUGUCCUUCCAUCUUCUGUUUAAAAACAUCUGUUGAGAAAGUCACCCUGAGCAGCUGGAGUGUAUUCUUUAAUUGUAAAGUUUUUCUUUCAAUGUUGGAGGGGUGGAAAUGUUCCAAACAGUAACAUUUUCCACAAUUAGUGCUUUGUUUUUCUGUGAAAAACUGUUGUCUGAUCAGUUAACCUUUUCCACUCAUUUCACACAUUCAUUUCACACAUUUCAAACCCAAGUUUUAUUGUAUUAAAGCUAAUGGACUGCCAGCAGACAGACUGCAUAUGUGCACUUACCACAAGCAUGUACAUGGAAUGACAUUAGUGUUGAAAUUAUAGUAAGUGUUAGAUAAUUUAGUGAGAAUACUUUGGACCAUACAGUAGGUCUAGCAACACAUUGGCCCACUAAACAUUGUAAAUUGUCUCAAGAUUCAAAAAGAAAGUGUGUUUCUAAUUUAUUUUUCUUUUAAACAUGUUUUUUUCAUAUAAUUGGGCAUUAUACUGCAUGAGUGGAUUCUGUGUUAUGGUAGUAAUGUAAGCUAUGAAGCAAAUACCAUGUUCAUGUCAUUGUAAGAUACUGUAUUUAUACAUGCUGACGUAAUAUACAACAUUUUAUCGAUUAUCUUGGUAUAGACAAUCUUGUACAGUCAUUGUCAUUUAGGUUAAAAUUGUGUUUUCUCCACUUGUAAUCAUUUUAUUGGUGCCAUUAAAAGAAAAGGUACAUCUAUG